AUGACAGUUUCAGCAGCAAAUGAGGCAGCGGUAGAGUUGGUUACAGAGGUGAAAAUAAGCAAUCUUGAUGAUCUGGUGGGAACACUACAAGAAGCUGCAGAAAGAUUUGAGGAGUUGAAAACCCAAAGGGAAACAAGACAGGCACAAGAGGACAAACGAAAUGAAAAGAAACCACCGCCGUACAAACACAUCAAGGUAAACAAAGCUGUGGGUAAGGCUCAGAUUUUCACUGUUGAUCCAUCUGAGAUUCCACGCUGCAAUUGUAAGCCAACUGAUGAGAAUCCUUGUGGGAUAGACUCCGAAUGUCUGAACAGGAUGUUAAUGUAUGAGUGCCAUCCAGCUGUCUGUCCUGCAGGAGAAAAAUGCCAGAACCAGUGCUUCACUAAGCGUCAAUACCCUGAAGUAGAAAUUUUGAAAACUGCAGGAAGAGGCUGGGGUUUACUUGCUAAAUAUAACAUUAAGAAGGGACAGUUUGUGAAUGAGUACGUGGGUGAGGUGAUAGAUGAGGAAGAAUGUUAUGCUCGAAUAAAAUAUGCACAAGAACAUGACAUCACCAACUUCUACAUGCUUACUCUUGACAAGGACCGGAUUAUUGAUGCAGGCCCAAAAGGAAAUUAUUCACGCUUCAUGAAUCACAGUUGUAAGCCAAACUGUGAGACACAGAAAUGGACAGUGAAUGGAGAUACUCGAGUUGGACUAUUUGCUUUAUGUGAUAUUGCUGUUGGGUCCGAACUAACAUUUAACUACCACCUUGAAUGCUUGGGCACUGGAAAAACAAUUUGUAAAUGUGGGGCUCCAAACUGCAGUGGCUAUCUAGGUGUACCACCCAAGAAUCUGUAG